AUGUCAGAGAAGGGUGCCAAUUUCUACGCAAAGUUGGUGCAGAAACAAGGCCAGAAAACUGCUUUGACGUUUACAACAGCUCCACAGAUUUCAUGGACUUUGCAUCGAUUGUAUCCGUUUCUGUUGAUUUUCGAUGGGUUUCUCAAUAACUUGAUGUGGUGCUGUGACGAUGUUUGUCUACCCUUCAUUUAUCUAGCACUCAUGAAGAUGGCGGUGAAUCUGGGCAGUGUUUCAGAAAAGGAAACAUCGCUUCUAAAAACCGUGGUCGAUACUUGGCUCGGUCUUUUAAGCCUUGUAUUUCUGGUACUUUCAGUAACAUAUUACAUUUCAAGCGUAUUACGAGAGCUGAAACAAGACGAGCCACCUACGCUGGAUGACAUUGUGGUGAUGAUGGAAAAUGUCGCUUACAAGAUCGAAAGAAUGCGAGAGGACGUAGCUGAAGUCUUCAAACUUCAACGAGGUCAAAUCCCAUCCUUACUGAUAGUUUUGACGCCCAUUUACUGGUUUAUGGCAAGAUACGUGAUAUCCCCUAAAGAUUAUGUUACGUUUUUGCUCAUUUCAAUCGCUACCUUUCACUCAAGCUGGUGCCAGUGUACGUUGCGCUUAAUAUGGAGAAGCUUAUUUGCUCGACAACUAUGGCAUAUGAUCUGCAGAUGGCAAGUUCGUCCACACCCCAGUACGGAUAUUUGUUAUAACAUAGUUCAUCCUGCGCUUGAGAUAAACGUACCAGAAGAUUUGGCAAGCUUGCCCGAGCCACAGCUUGCGGUAAAGCUGAGAGCUUUUAUUCGAACCGAACAACAAAUCGAGAAAGCUCCCCAGCCAGAUAGGCCCCCAGGCUACCUCCCAAUUACCGUCAUGAUUAUCGAAUAUCAAAUCAAUGAGAAUCAACGCAAAUGGCCGCUGGACGGCUGGACGCACAACUUAUUAAGUUACGAAAGAACCAAAUUCACUACAAACAAUGAGGAAGGUCAAGAUUGGGUUGCAAGCACGUCUCCGUGGGAAUUUCAAGAAACGAUUGAAAGAGACUGGUUUUGGUUGGAUGAUAGCUGGAUUCCUCAUGAAUGGAUCUAUUGUGAUACCGACUGGGAUAUCAAGGGCGCAAAAGAUUCCUUGAACUGCUAUACUAGAAGCAAGUCUUGGACAAGAAGUUCUUUCCGGGUUUUACGCCAAAGCUAA